AUGGUCACAAUCUUCACCGCCCCCCUCGCGACUCCCUCCCAACUUUCAACCUCCCCAUCACAGCUCGUCGGAAUCCCCGAAUCCGUCGAACAAAAACUCCGUCUGGUGGCUUGUAGAUUAAUCCAAGCCGCUGCUAUAUUAAUGGAACUUCCCCAACCAACAAUCUCAACUGCCAUCAUCCUCCUCCAACGCUACUACCUCACAACCUCCCUAACAGCCUCCCCACUCCUCCAAACCUGUCAAGCAUCACUAUACCUCUCCUCAAAACUCACAGAACACGCCCAAAAGCCUCGUGAUAUAAUCAACAUCUUCAAAUACCUUCUAUCCCCAGCAUCACCUUUACACCCUCCACACCUCCUCCCAAAGGAUCUAGAAAACGAAGAUGGAACACCAGGGGCAAAGAAAAAGAGUAACAAAAGCCUAUAUUACGUCUCAGAAGGCGACUAUACAGCUCUAAAAUCCCUGCUAUUAUCAACAGAAGCAAAGAUUCUUAGAGCAUUGGGGUUUAACACUACCGUUAAUCUACCAUAUAGCUUGGCAUUUAACUACCUACAAUCCCUGGGUGUUCUAUCCGAGACAUCUACGCCAUCUUCCCCGCCAAACUCAGAAAGCCCAUCAAACCCCCUCCAACAUUCAAAAUUAAUAUCAACCACAUUCGCGUAUUUGACAGAUUUAUUAUGUUCGCCGUCGCAGGUAUAUCUAACACAUCAUCCGCAUGAAUUGGCUGUUGCGGGGAUAUAUCUGGCGGCGAGGGAUCAUGGGGUGAAACUACCGGAAAGGUGGUGGGAGGUGUGGGAUGUUGAGAGGGAGACGUUGGGGUUUUUGGUGGUGGUUUUGAGGGGUGGGACUUAUGGUAAUGAUGCGAAGAAGGUAUGGAUUGUAGAGGAGGGAGACUUUGAGGAAGUCGAGGGAGGGGAGGUGGUGGCUAUCGGGGCGGGCAGUGUGGAGAAGGAGGUGGAGAGGUUGAGGGAUCUGUAA